CUAGCUGCUGCUGAAAGCUGGCUGAAGCUGAAGUUCUGAGUGCUGCCCGUCUGCCAAAAAAAUUCGUGUUGUUGGUUGAGUUGAGUUAGCAGCCAUAACAAAGUAUUGUACUGUAUUUGUAAUUUAAUCUUAAAAGAUCUAAAAUGCCUGAGACAGACUACGAUGAUGACGGAGAUCGCUCAACGCGGUUGACCAACGAUGACUUCAGGAGAUUGUUGAUGACUCCUAGAGCUUCAGUUCCGGCUUCAGCUCCUUCCACUCACUCGGUAGAUAAGACAGAGAGUGAAAAAGAUGUUCCGCCCACUGAGGACGAGGACAAAGCGGCCCAGCGGAGGAAGAAGAAGAGCUUUUAUGCCAAGCUCAAGAAGCAGGAAGAAGACAAGAUGGCAGAACUGGCUAAGAUGUACAGAGAUCGAGCAAAGGAGAGGAGAGAAGGUGCAAACCCAGACUACCAAGCCGAAGACCCUCUGUCCACCGCAAGCGGGUACCGCGCUGUGGCUCCUGAUCUGAAAUCUGGACUAGAUGCAGCAGAGAGAAGAAGGCAAAUGAUUCAGGAAUCUAAGUUCUUGGGUGGUGACAUGGAACAUACUCAUUUGGUAAAAGGUUUGGAUUAUGCUUUGUUACAAAAAGUAAGGAGUGAAAUCCAGGUGAAGGAGCAAGAACAGGAAGAUGAAAUGGAAAAGUUGGUUUCCAAGCCCAAAAAAGAAAAGAAAGUGAAAGAAGAGGAAGAAAUGCAGUUUAAGACUAGACUGGGUAGGAAUAUUUAUAGAGUGGCUUUAAAUACCAAUAUCCCUGAUAGAAAUCCACUGUUUGCUCCUGGAAGAAUGGCAUAUACAGUUGAUCUGAAUGAUGAAAUAUUAGACACAGAUAUCCCGACUACUGUUAUAAGGAGCAAAAGUGACGUUCCCAAUGUGGACAAUACACCCACUUUGACAACCAACGAUAUAGUCAUCAACAAGCUUGCUCAGAUUCUCUCAUACUUGCGACAAGGACCAAGGCAUUCUAAAAAGUCGAAAAAGAACAAAGACCAGCGACCUCAGAUGGACGAAGGAAUUUUCCCAGAAUUGGGUGAUUAUAUUCCAUCUGCUACUUCAAAAUCGGUGAGCGAGGUAUCGAAAAAGAAAAUUGCAAGUUAUUUUGGUGGUUCAACAGAAGAUGAGAAGUCUUCGAAGGAACAAGAAGCCAAAGCAGAGAAAAAGAAAUUUGCUUUGCCUCCUCCAUCAAUUAAACCCGAGAGUUCCACAAAAGCCGCAGGCAUACUGUCUAGGUUGGCUGCAGAACCUACUGGCUACGCAGAGUGUUACCCAGGGCAAGACGAGAUGCAGGAUGCAAUCGAUGACUCGGACGAUGAAGUAGACUACACCAAGAUGGACCUGGGUAACAAGAAGGGACCCGUCGGUCGAUGGGACUUUGACACACAAGAGGAGUACAGCAACUACAUGAACAGCAAAGAGGCAUUGCCCAAGGCUGCCUUUCAGUAUGGAGUCAAAAUGGCGGACGGAAGACGAACUAGGAAGUACAACAAAGAGAAGAAUGAAAGAGCCGAGCUUGACCGUGAGUGGAACAAGAUCCAGAACAUCAUUCAGAAGAGGAAAGCUCCAAACGAACCAGGAACACCACAGUUUAAAGUUCCUCGAUACUAACUUAUUUAUACAUUUUGCUUUUGUACAUAUAUCAUGUUUAUCAUACACAUUGCAAACAUCUAAUAUACGUUUUAAAAAUACAAUUUUGUUUUUAAAUGUUUGAUGCAUCAUACAUAGGUUUAGUUUUUGGUACAUGCAGCAUGUACAGUUUAUCAUUGUAAACAAAUUCACAAUUUAUGUAAUUAUGGUAA